AUGGUCGGAAACCACCGGAUGCCAGAUGGUCCGGAGCUCGAUCGCAUUAUGCGAAAUCUGGAUGAUAUGGAAAGGACGGUUGCCGAGAUCGAGCAGCAAACCUCUCCAAAGGAUUCCACGUUCAAGCUGUUCCAGCGGUUUCGUGACCUGCUAGAGGAUGGGCAACGUAUCGUUGGGCGGUGGCGUUCCCUUUUACGCAAAAACAAGACGGACGUACAACCGAUCAUCACGGCAAAACCAACAAAGUACGAAGCUCCAUCCACUAGCUAUGCAAGCAUCGAAGAUGAAGAGACCACCAAAUGGAAACAAUUCAACGAAGUCAAGCGCGACAGUCUUGCCAUCGCUCAAGGAGGCAAACGACGCCUUUCCGGACCGACCGCUGCCGAACUGAUC